AUGGGGAAACGAGACGAAGAUCGAGAAAUAUCUUUAUCGAUUGUACUAAAAGACGAUGGCUUGAAGGCCCUCAAAAGAAACCUGACACACGAAAGAUUCUAUUUGGCACUGAAAGAUACCUCAAGCCCUGGAGCUUGGACUCAAAUUUGGGUUUGCAUCCGCCGUUUAAAAUACGAACGAGCUUCGUAUUCAGACUCCACUAAUAAACCAAAUCGGGCUUUUGGAAAGGAACACUUGAUAUCAACAAUUGAUCGAGUGAAAGCUGCAAACCCGGCGUUGGAGGAGCAUAUCAGGACGCAAGAACGUUUUCAAAGAGGCCGUAUUGACACAAAUUCAAAAGAUGAUCCAAAUGGGUACAUUCUCCGCCUCAACCUUUUAAUUCACCCAUGGGUGUCUUUGGAAAGCUGGCAUAAAUAA